GCACAUGGAGCAGAUGUUGGGAGCUUUUCAGAAUGACCUCAGCUCCAUCAGCUCUGAGAUCCGGACCCUGCAGGAGCAGUCAGGAGCCAUGAACAUCCGACUUCGUAACUGACAGGCAGUGCGGGGGAGACUUGGGGAACUUGUAGAUGGGCUAGUGGUGCCCUCCACUCUGGUCACAGCAAUUCUGGAAGCUCCAGUGACAGAGGCCAGGUUCCUGGAGCAGCUGCAGGAGCUGGACGCCAAGGCAGCCGCAGUCAGGGAGCAGGAGGCCAGAGGCACAGCUGCCUGUGCAGAUGUCAGAGGCGUGCUGGACCGGCUCCGGGUCAAGGUGGGGAGUGGACCCCUAGGGUCACUUCCCAUGUCCUCCACUGCUUCCCUCCGGGCGGUGCAUGUUGGCCCUCUCAUUCCCCUGAAAAUCUCUAGGGUUCUGGAGAGGGGUGUCCCAGUCACAGUUAGCUUCUGGGGUCCCUCAGGUCUUGGCUCCAUGGGCCUGGUGUGGUCGGUCUCGGUGAUUUCCCUGACUCUGACCUGGUCACGAUUCUUCUCGAAGCCGUCCCUCCGAAGCAGGAAUACCAUCUUCACCCUGGGGACCCGGGGUGCUGUCAUCUUCCUCACUGAACUCGAGGCCCCCAUCCUGGUGCCCCACACUGCCCAGCGUGGAGAGCAGCGGUAUCCGUUGUUCGAGGCUCUCUUCCGCAGUCAGCACUACGCCCUCCUCGACAAUUCCUGCCGUGAAUAUCUUUUCAUCUGUGAAUUCUUUGUCGUAUCUGGCCCAGCUGCUCAUGACCUGUUCCAUGCUGUCAUGGGCCGCACACUCGCCAUGACUCUGAAACACCUGGAGUCCUACCUGGCCGACUGCUACGACGCCAUUGCUGUUUUCCUCUGUAUCCACAUCGUUCUCCGAUUCCGCAACAUCGCAGCUAAGAGGGAUGUCCCUGCCCUGGACAGGUACUGGGAGCAGGUGCUUGCCUUGCUGUGGCCUCGCUUUGAGCUGAUCCUGGAGAUGAAUGUCCAGAGUGUCCGCAGCACCGACCCCCAGCACCUUGGGGGCCUGGACACUCGGCCCCACUAUAUCACACGCCGCUAUGCUGAGUUCUCCUCUGCGCUUGUGAGCAUCAACCAGACCAUCCCCAAUGAGCGCACCCUGCAGCUGCUGGGACAGUUACAGGUGGAGGUGGAGAAUUUUGUCCUCCGAGUGGCUGCGGAGUUCUCCUCCAGGAAGGAGCAGCUUGUGUUUCUGAUCAACAACUACGACAUGAUGCUGGGUGUGCUGAUGGAGCGGGCAGCUGAGGACAGCAAGGAGGUGGAGAGCUUCCAGCAGCUGCUCAAUGCUCGCACACAGGAAUUCAUUGAAGAGCUGCUGUCUCCCCCCUUCGGGGGUCUGGUGGCGUUUGUGAAGGAGGCUGAAGGUUUGAUUGAGCGAGGACAGGCCGACCGACUUCAAGGGGAAGAAGCCCGAGUCACUCAGCUGAUCCGUGGCUUUGGGAGUUCCUGGAAGGCCUCCGUGGAGUCUCUGAGUCAGGAUGUCACGCGGAGUUUCACCAACUUCCGAAAUGGAACCAGCAUCAUCCAGGGGGCGCUGACCCAGCUGAUCCAGCUCUACCAUCGCUUCCACCGGGUGCUGGCACAGCCGCAGCUCCGGGCGCUGCCGGCCAGGGCGGAGCUCAUCAACAUUCAUCACCUCAUGGUGGAGCUCAAGAAACACAAGCCCAACUUCUGACUCGGUCCCCGGGGUGACGGCUCCCAUGCGCUCUGAAUGUCACACACUGACACUGGGACCUGACGGCUCCCACGGGCUCUGCAUGUCACACUCCGUCCCCUGGGUCCCCUUCCCCUUCCUGUUGUCUCUCAGGCUCCCACACUCCUCACCGCCUCCGCUGCAGGAUUCUGCCUCAGCAGAGCGUGUGCAAGUCUGCUCCUCCCUGGACGUGGAGGGGACGUUAUCAUUCCUGUCCCUGUCCCUCCUCCCCUGUGUGUUCACACCUGUGAAAGCUCCCCCACCUCAGUCUCUGAUCGACUCUCAAUCUUAGGACAGGGCAGUGGAGGCCGCCUUCCCUCUCUUGUAGCUUGGUCGUCUGCGGUCUCCACUUGAACACUAACCCAUCACCUCCUGGCUGGGGGUUCAGGCUGUCUGUCUGUCUGUCUGUAGGCAAUAAUAAGCACUUAAAGUACUGUGA